CCUGAUGACACAAUUCAUUCGUUGUUAACAGAUCUUUAUUUACAUGAUCCUAAAUAUGAUGAUUAUAGUGAAUUGCCCAAAUGUAGAACAUCAAUAAGGAGAUCUAAUAAGUCGCCUUGGUGCUUUCAUGGUUUUCAGAACAAUGUUGAGUUUAUUUUGUGUAAAAACUUAGGAUUAGUUGAAUUUCAAG